AUGGUCAACACAGAUGAUACCACCAAGAACAACGUCCCGAGGAUCAACAAACGCCCACUCGUGGCCAACACGCCUGCGCUUCGCUUUGCGCAACUUGUGCUCAAACACAAAGCCGAGCUCAGUUUCCACCUCACCAAAAUGGAACCCAUCCUGAACAAGAGCGUUCAAAACUUGAAGCAACUCGUUCAAAAAAUAGCAGCUGGUCUGGCGGGGAUGAAUGCGGUGAUGGGCGGCAACUUCAGAAAGCGGUUUCUGGAACUUUCCUUCGACAUUUUGCACAACGAGGGCCAGAGGAUGAUGAUGGCGGGAAGCUGCGAAAGAGUAUGGAAGGAAGACAGCGACUUGCUGGCAUCGCUCGAAGAACUCGAGGCAGAGAAGGAGAAGGCUCAGAAGGAGUGGGAAAUGGCGAGGAAGAAACUGCGCAUCUUGCGGGUUCGGAAGAAGAAUGCGAUCAGAUGCGUAGAAGUUCUGAAGGCUUACCUGGAGGAGGUCAGAGAGAAGCAACAGGGAACGAUCUAA